AUGUUUUCAUGUCCUUCUCAUCUCAACCCAACUCAUCGUAAUCAAGAAGAAAAUCAACCCGAGGCUAUAGAGAGAGAGAGAGGGGAGGGGGCCGAGGGUAUAUAUAAUGCCCUCGUUUAGUGCUAGUCUUGCUACAAGACUCCCCCAUGCCUUCUGGGUUCAAAGCAGAAGCAACAAUUUCACAUCCAACUAUGCGGGGAAUUCAUUCUUCUUGUUCUUUGAUAGCAAAAGAAGCCUAGGUUUAAAAAAACCCAUUAAUUUUUCUCUAUCCAAGUGUAAUCAAACCAGUGUUUGUUCACCAAUGGAGGGCCAGACCCAGAUGGUGGUUACUGCCCCAGAGACGGAGGAGUACUCCAAGGAAUUGGAAGUGGCUGUUAGAGCUGUGCAAAUGGCUUGUUUGCUUUGCCAGAGAGUUCAAGAAAAUUUGAUUACUAAAACGAAUGGACAAGUCCACUCUAAGGAUGAUAAUUCUCCUGUGACAAUUGCAGAUUGGAGUGUCCAAGCGACUGUCAGCUGGGUACUGGCUGAGUCUUUUGGGAGUGAAAAUAUAGCCAUUGUCGCAGAAGAGGAUGUUCAAGCACUCUCGAAAGCAAAUGCAGCAGGCCUACUGGAAGCUGUGGUGAAUACAGUCAAUAACUGUCUAGUUGAGGCACCACGAUUUGGAUUUAAAACCCCACUAAUGUCUCUUGGAACUUUAGAUGUACUUGAGGCCAUUAGUCGGUGCAACUCAACCGGUGGGCCCAUUGGAAGAUUUUGGGUGUUGGAUCCUGUUGAUGGAACGUUAGGUUUUGUACGUGGGGAUCAAUAUGCCAUCGCCCUGGCACUAAUUGAAGAUGGAGAAGUUGUUCUUGGAGUUCUUGGGUGCCCCAACUACCCAAUGAGGAAAGAAUGGCUAAGUUAUCAUAACCGCUACCAUAGAAUUAUAUGUAAGUUGAGUCCUCCAACGUCUGAAUCUUGGGAAAGAGGUUGUGUGUUCUAUGCGAGGAGGGGUAGUGGCAAGGCUUGGAUGCAGCCCAUACACCAUGGAGAGAAGAAUCUUUUGUGGCCAAAUAAUGCAAGACAAAUACAAGUUUCGUCCAUUGAUGACCCAGCACUCGCUACUUUUUGCGAACCAGUUGAAAAGGCAAAUUCAAGCCACUCGUUCACAGCAGGAUUGGCUCACAGUGUUGGGCUUAGAAACCAACCAUUACGUGUAUAUAGCAUGGUGAAAUAUGCAGCCAUAGGCCGUGGGCAUGCUGAGGUGUUCAUGAAAUUCGCUAGGGCAGGCUACAAGGAGAAGAUAUGGGAUCAUGCAGCUGGUGUUGUUAUCAUACAAGAGGCUGGCGGUGUAGUAACUGAUGCUGGAGGGCAUCCCCUAGACUUCUCUAAAGGUUUAUAUUUAGAAGGUCUUGACCGUGGUGUAAUUGCUUGUGCUGGUGCCAAACUACAUGAGAAGAUCAUUGGGGCUGUGGAUGCUAGUUGGAACUCCUCUAGCCUAUGAUAUUUAUUGUAUUCUUCUGUCAUACAAGAACCUUCAAUCUUGACAGUUUCAGGUGAAGCCGCUGGUCGUGUUUUCAGUUCUUUGUGCUCAACGGUGAGUCAGACUAAAAUGCCUUGCUAUUUUGAAGAUGGUGACAGGGAUCGAGUUCUUUUGUAAGUGCAUACAAGAACAUACAGAAGUGACUAUACUUCCAAAGAGUAGGGUUCACCUUUUGACAAGGAACCUGGUUUUCUUCAAUUCUUUCUUGCUCAGGAGCAUUCCUAGUUGGAGAGGUUUAUGACUCACAAGCACUACGCUUUUGAUAUCGCAACGAUGUAACAUUCUGUUGGUAUAUAGUAUCUACACAUCCUGUAAAUGGGCAAAUAAACAAUCAACUGUGAAUCCGAAUUUGUUGCUAUACAACUUGACCUGUUCAGUUUUCAAA